GGGGGGGGGGGGGGGGGGGGGGGGGGGGGGGGGGGGGUGGGGGUGUAGAUGUGGGUGCGUGUGGGUGUGAUGUGGGUGUGGGUGUGAUGUGGGUGUGGGUGUGAUGUGGGUGUGGGUGUGAUGUGGGUUAAGAGACGGCUGAAAACACCCACCCACACCCACGCCCACCCUAGUAAAUAAGAUUUUAUCUUGGCCUAUUUGGAUUCCAUUAGCUCGGCUUAAUUAUUCAUGGUGUUUAGUUCAUACGAGCAUACUUCAUAUUAUUAUAUUCAAUCAAACUAUGCCUUUCUAUUGUCAAGGACAUCUUGUAAUAAAUAAUUUUAUUUCACAUAUAUUUUUUAGCUACGUUGCAGCUAUAUUAGUUGCUACUUUUUUUGAAACACCAUUUUUUAUUAUUGAAAAAAUAUUGUUUAAACGAUAA